AAUCUCUGAUUAAAAAGAAGAAAUACUUUAUUUCAAGAAUUGAGUAAACAUAAAAAAAAAAAAAAUGGCAUCAUGGAAGAAAACAAUAGCAACACCAUUCAAGAAAGCGGCAACAUUCUUCAACCAACCGCAAGAAUCACCAAAGAAGGGUUCCCGCGGUGGAAGAAUGGAUGCGAAAGCGAGGGAAGAACACGAGAAGAGAAUGGUUCAAGAGCUUCAAGGAGAAGUCAUGGCUUGUGGAUAUGACGACGUUCUCGUCAUGUGGUCUAUUCUUGACAAAUCUAACUCCUCCAAUAGCCUCACUGCUUAACCCCAAAACCAAACAGACAAAAAAAAAUGGUAUUAUAAUCAACCUUUGUACAUAUCUUAAAAGGGUGUUAGCCCGCCAUGGUGAUCUCCUCCUCCUCCUUCCUCCUUGUCCUUUCUUGUUAUGUGGUUGUGGCUUCUUUUUUAAGGGUCUAGUGAAUAUUUUUUCCGACGAGUUAUCGUCGAGAAUUUAGAUGGUUUCAUGUUCCCCUUUGAUAAUCCCUGAGAGUAAAUCACGGUGGGAUUUUUUUUUAUUUGGAGAAAAAUAUAUCUUUCUUGAAUUCAUAUAUCAUUUGUAUGUGAGAUGAUUAGCAUUAUUUGAUUGAGAAUUGUUAUUAGUUCUCCAUAAUGUAAAAGUCAGAUAUUGACUUAAGUUGCACAUGCGUUAAAUGAUCAAUCAGGGGAAAUAAUAAUCCAUCAUUGAGUUAAUGAGUCAUGAUUUGUUCCAAUGUAACAGUACGUAAUUCAAGUCACCGACCAUCUUUUUUGU